AUGCCCUCCUCGACCCGAAACAUCCUCUACGUUUCAGGCAACUGCUACGGCGUGCUUGGAUACACGCCAGAGGAGAUGAUUGGCACCAGUGCGCUCAACUACUCCUACGACCCGCAUGCCAAGCACUACAGCUGCCAAUGGCCGGCUGACAACCCCGAACUGGGCGUCACCAUGCUGCCUCACAACAUGCGGUGCAAAGACGGGCGGGUAAUCUACGUGCACGCCAUUUCAAUCAACUGCACUGGCCAUUUGUUCACAGUAAUCCUCGCAUAUCCAGAGCUUGGCGACAUUAGGGUCAGCGAAUCCAUUCUCUACAAGCUCCAAUACGAGUGGACUUUGAUCGUGCCAGUGAGCAGGCCCAGAUGA